AUGCAACGAGCAUUUAACUCAAGUGUUUCUAGCCUGAGCCGCAACGCUCGGCUCCAACCACUAUACUCCAGAUUUAACGGGCGUCAGCUCAGAUUUGCGCACAAGGAGCUCAAGUUCGGUGUUGAUGCUCGCGCAUCUCUUCUUGCUGGCGUAGAGACGUUAGCAAAAGCUGUUGCAACAACUCUGGGCCCAAAGGGUCGCAAUGUUUUGAUCGAGUCAAGCUACGGAUCACCUAAGAUAACUAAAGAUGGUGUGACUGUAGCCAAAUCAAUAACGCUCAAAGAUAAAUAUGAAAACUUGGGCGCAAGGUUAAUUCAAGAUGUCGCCUCUAAGACCAAUGAAACUGCCGGUGAUGGAACAACCACAGCCACCGUCCUUGCCAGGGCUAUAUUUUCCGAAACAGUCAAGAAUGUGGCAGCUGGAUGCAAUCCCAUGGACCUCCGCAGAGGCAUCCAAGCCGCGGUCGAUGCCGUUGUCGAAUUCUUGCACUCUAACAAGCGAGACAUCACGACGAGCGAAGAGAUUUCACAAGUUGCAACCAUUUCUGCUAACGGUGAUAUUCACAUUGGGAAAAUCAUCGCUAGUGCAAUGGAAAAGGUCGGAAAGGAAGGUGUCAUUACCGUUAAAGAAGGGAAAACAAUGGAAGACGAGCUAGAAGUAAUUGAGGGAAUGAAGUUUGACCGUGGAUUUGUCUCACCAUACUUUAUCACAGAUGCCAAGUCCCAGAAGGUCGAAUUCGAGAAGCCAUUGAUACUUCUUUCAGAAAAGAAAAUUUCUGCUGUCCAAGACAUUAUACCUGCACUUGAAGCCUCGACCCAACUUCGAAGGCCACUUGUCAUCAUUGCAGAAGAUAUCGAUGGCGAGGCUUUAGCUGUCUGUAUAUUAAACAAGCUUCGUGGCCAGCUCCAAGUAGCAGCUGUAAAGGCACCUGGAUUUGGUGAUAACAGAAAGUCUAUCCUCGGAGACCUUGGAAUACUCACCAACGCAACCGUAUUCACAGACGAACUAGACAUCAAGCUUGAAAAAGCCACCGCUGAUAUGUUCGGAAGCACUGGGUCGAUAACCAUAACAAAGGAAGACACUAUAAUUCUAAAUGGUGAAGGGAGCAAAGAUUCUAUCAGUCAGAGAUGUGAACAAAUCCGUGGUGUUAUUAAUGACCCGUCCACUUCCGACUAUGAGAAGGAGAAACUUCAGGAAAGACUCGCCAAAUUGUCUGGUGGAGUUGCUGUCAUUAAGGUCGGCGGAUCUUCUGAAGUCGAAGUGGGCGAGAAAAAGGAUCGAUUCGUCGAUGCGCUCAAUGCCACCCGUGCUGCUGUUGAAGAGGGUAUCCUACCCGGAGGUGGAACUGCUCUCUUAAAGGCAGCAAGUCAAGCAUUAGGAUCAAUUAAGACAGGAAACUUUGACCAACAACUAGGCGUCAGCAUUAUAAAAAGUGCUAUAACCAAGCCAGCUCGUACUAUCGUCGAAAACGCUGGUAUCGAAGGCUCCGUAGUUGUUGGAAAGCUCAUGGACGAGUUUGGAGCCGACUUUAACCGCGGUUAUGACUCGGCAAAGGGCGAGUACGUUGACAUGAUUGCCUCUGGAAUCGUAGAUCCAUUCAAGGUCGUCCGAACUGGCCUCGUUGAUGCAAGUGGAGUCGCUUCUCUCCUUGGAACCACUGAAGUAGCAAUUGUCGAGGCUCCCGAAGAAAAGGGGCCACCAGCGCCUCCGAUGGGAGGAAUGGGUGGAAUGGGAGGAAUGGGUGGAAUGAUGUGA